AUGAAAGUAAAAAUAUUCUUAGGAGAAUACACUUAUAUAUAUCGUGGAGACAUAGAUUUAACAGAAAUGAAUGAAUUUGUUAAAACGCUGACUAAUAGAGCUUUUGUAAUAAAAUGGAAAGAUUAAGAAGGUGAUUUAAUCACAAUAACUAAGAAGUAGGAUUUAGCUUAUUUCUAUUAAUUAUGGACUGAAAACUCAGCUACUAAUAAAUAAUCAUUCAGACUAUUUGUUCAUGAGAUACCUUAAAUAAUUUAGAAUCUUUAAAUAACAUAGUUAUAAUCACAAUCACAAAUAUACUCUAAAAUGUUUAGUCCUAGCCAAAGAUAAUCUAUUAGUAAAUAGUCUGGAAUAAGCUAAUUUACUUUUGGUCUAUAGCUUAAUGAAUAAGCAAAAAGUGUAGAUAUUCAAAAAGAACGGCAUUCUCAAUAGACAAAUUUAUAAUCAAUAAUUGAAGUACAGGGUUCUUCAAAGAAUAUAAGCAAUUAAAAUUUAGACAAAGUACAAUAGUAAUAUUAAUGGAAUGAAGAUGGUAAAAAAUAGAGACUAGGAUUGGAUUUUAAUAACAUUCAUGCAUAAGAUUUAUCGUUCUUUAUGAAUAUGGAUAUGAAAUAAAGUAUAAAUAGAAAGGAAUUUACAGAAAUCUAAUUGGCAGUUGAUGAUGAUUAUGAGGACUGUGAUGACUUUGGCAAUAUUAAUUACAAUGAUAGGGAGAAGUUUGAUAUUGCAAACAUCUAUUGUGAUUAUUGUUCUGAUAAAAUAGAAGAGGAGUCCACAAUGUUAUAUACAUGUUAAUUUUGCGAAGAUUUCCAUGCCUGUUAGUUAUGUUUUGAUCAAUAUUAAGAAUAAGUUCAUGUGCAUCAAUUAUAAGAAAAUAUUCUUCAAUGA